AAGCUACAGAAACGAUUGUGUGAAAAAUCCAGAGAAUGGAGCCUAGGGCUACCCUCUUGGUGAAGGAGCUCCGUAAUCCGAUGAACCCUUCAAGAAACCGUUAAUUGGUCUACUAUCAAAGGUUGUUGAAAGAUGGUGGUAGGGACUGGUGAUGCUUCUGAUUCUGGGUCUGAAAAUUUACCUGCUGAAUCGACGCAGCAGACUGGUUGUUCUCCUGAAGAGGAUGAUGGGAGGCAACUGAAUUAUUUUGGGGGAAGUAGUUCAAGAAAUACGAGUCCAAUUGGCAGGGGACUUGGAUUGAGGAACACUAGCCCAUCUAGGCAGAAGGUGAUUAAGACGAAACCAAGGGGUCUGGAUGAGGAAAUGGUUGCCACAUUUGCCAAGGCUCCUCACCCUGAUGUCCAUAUGGAAGAUAACAUAUGGGCUAUGCUACCAGAAGACUUAUUGAAUGAAAUAUUAGCUAGGGUUCCGCCAUUCAUGAUCUUCCGUCUCCGUUCUGUUUGCAAGAGGUGGAACUCGAUCUUACAGGAUAAUAGUUUUCUCAUAUUCCAUUCACAAGUUCCAUCGCACGGGCCUUGCCUUCUGACGUUUUGGAAGAAUUCACAAAUGCCACAAUGCUCUGUUUUUAGCUUACCGUUGAAACAAUGGUACAAAAUCCCUUUUACGUUCUUACCUCAAUGGGCCUUUUGGCUGGUUGGAUCUUCGGGUGGACUUGUUUGUUUCUCGGGUCUUGAUGGUUUAACUUUCAGAACCUUAAUCUGUAAUCCCCUUACACAAAGCUGGAGAAUUCUACCAAGUAUGCAUUAUAAUCAGCAGAGACAGUUGAUUCUGGUUGUUGAUAGAAAGAAACGAUCUUUCAAGGUUAUUGCUGCUAGUGAUAUUUACGGAGACAAAUCAUUGCCAACUGAGGUUUAUGAUUCAAAGCUCGACAGUUGGUCACUUCACCAGACGAUGCCUGCUGUCAAUCUUUGCUCAUCAAAGAUGGCAUUUUGUGACUCAAGGUUGUACUUAGAAACGAUCUCACCUCUUGGUUUAAUGAUGUAUCAGUUGGAUGCAGGAUAUUGGGAACACAUACCGGCAAAGUUCCCACGAUCUUUAUUGGAUGGGUAUUUGGUUGCUGGUACCCAGAAACGUUUGUUUCUGGUUGGAAGAAUUGGUCUUUAUAGUACUCUUCAGAGUAUGAGAAUUUGGGAAUUAGAUCAUGCAAAAGUGAUAUGGAUCGAAAUAAGUAGAAUGCCACCAAGGUACUUUAGAGCUCUUUUGAGGUUAUCAGCAGAGAGGUUUGAGUGCUUUGGUCAGGAUAAUUUGAUCUGUUUUACAUCUUGGAAUCAAGGGAAAGGUCUGCUGUUUGAUGUCGAUAAAAAAGCAUGGUCUUGGAUUGCUGGCUGCGCUCUACAAUCAUAUAACAGUCAGUGGCUACCACCUUUCUUGAUCUUCCAGCAGUGGUCAGAAGUCGACCCCGGGAUUAUGACUUUGCAAAGAUCUGUAUUUUUGGUAAACAGUUGAUCGGGCCUGGUCAGUUUGCUGGAGACAGCCUUAUUCAAGCACCGGUAGAUCCUUCUGGGAUGGUGGCUGCAUGCCGCUUAUGGGUUCGACAUUUUGAGAUCAGUUUUUUGACAAGGAAUGGGCUUGGGGACACAAAUUUUAAGAAUUUUCAUUUAAAAGCUGUUGUAUACUUCUUGAACUUGAUUUAUACGUGCAAGUUGCCUUCUUC